ACUAUUGUUUCUCCAACAAGACACCACUAAGAAAAACAUGCCUGGACAUAUCAAGAAAACCACAGGACCUGACCCAGAUCCCAGCCCAUGGCUAGUGGUUUCUCCUGAACUUAAGGAUAAGAACAAGCUUAAACCCUAUGACCCCAAAAAAUCUGUUUGGGUUAAAAACAAAGCAGAUGGAGGAUAUCUUGAGGGUCUUCUUGAGUCCAAAGAUGGUAACAAGUGGACGGUAAAUGUCAAAGGGGAAAUGAAGGUAUUCAAAGAAGAUCAAGUUUGCCAGGUCAAUCCUCCAAAGUUUGAUUGCUCAGAUGACAUGGCUAAUCUUACCUAUCUUGGAGAUGCCUGCGUUCUGUGGAACUCAACCAUUCGCUAUGUCAAUCAAUUAAUUUACACCUACUCUGGUCUUUUUUGUAUUGCAAUCAAUCCCUACAAGAGGUUCCCUAUCUAUACUCUCCGUACUAUGGAACUCUAUACUGGAAAAAGGCGCAAUGAAUGCCCUCCCCAUAUCUUUGCAAUUGCGGAAGGUGCCUACCAGGGAAUGUUGAACUCUGGCAUGAACCAGUCUAUUCUCAUCACUGGAGAGUCUGGUGCUGGAAAAACUGAGAACACCAAAAAGGUCAUCUCAUAUUUUGCAACUAUCUGUUCGUCUGGUAAGAAGAAGGAAGGCGAAGCUUCUCUAGAGGACAAGAUUGUCCAAACCAACCCUGUUCUUGAAGCCUGGGGUAAUGCUAAGACUGUGAGAAAUGACAACUCUUCUAGAUUUGGUAAGUUUAUUCGUAUCCAUUUCAAUGCAGCCGGUAAACUGUCUGGAGCUGACAUGGUUGUAUACCUUCUGGAGAAAUCUCGCCUUACUUACCAACAACCUCUUGAGAGAUGCUACCAUGCUUUCUACAACUUGAUGUCUGAUCAAGUUCCUGAUCUAAAAGAGAAAUGCUUGUUGACUGAUGAUAUCCGUGACUACUGGUAUGUGUCUCAGGGAAAACUGUCUGUUGAGUCAAUCAAUGACAAAGAGGACAUGCAAUUUGCUGAUGAGGCAUUUGACAUCUUGGGAUUUUCUCAAGAUGAAAAGUAUGAUGUUUUUAAAAAUACCGCAUGCAUGAUGCACAUGGGUAACAUGACCAAGGAUUUUGUACCUGUUGGCAAGGAUGAACAGGCUGAGAUCAAGGAUGAGAAAAAUGCCAAUAUUGUUGCAACUCUUAUGGGAAUUGAUGCUGAGUGGAUGAUUACUUAUUUCUGCAAACCUAAACUGAAGGUGGGAACUGAAUGGGUACAGAAGGGUUCGUCUUGUAAUAAUGCUGCAAGCUCAGUUGCUGGAAUUGCUAGAGCAAUCUACGAGAGAACCUUUAGACUAGUUGUAGAGAAAUGCAAUGAAACCUUGUGUGAUCCUACUAUGAAGAAAGUUCAGUACAUUGGUGUUUUGGAUAUUGCUGGGUUUGAAAUUUUUGACUUUAAUGGAUUUGAGCAAAUUUGUAUUAACUAUGUCAACGAAAAGCUCCAACAGUUUUUCAACCAACACAUGUUCACUCUAGAGCAGGAGGAGUAUGUAAGAGAGGGUCUUGACUGGGCAAAUGUUGAUUUUGGUAUGGAUUUGCAGAAGUGCAUUGAUAUGUUUGAGAAACCUAUGGGACUCUUGGCUGUCUUUGAGGAGGAAUCUCUCUUCCCAAAAGCUACUGAUCAGACCUUUUGUGAAAAGCUCCACGCCAAUCUUCUUGGUAAGUGGCCCAAUUUUGCUAAACCUAACCCAAGACCUGACCCAGAUGCACAUUUUGCUGUUCUUCACUAUGCUGCCACAGUAUCAUAUAAUCUAACCAGCUGGCUAGAAAAGAAUAAGGAUCCUCUUAAUGACACCAUUGUUGAGAUGAUCAAAAAUGGAUCUAAUUCUCUUAUGAUCCAGUGUUUUCUUGAUCAUCCUGGACAACCUCUGGAAGCUCCUAAGGAUGAUGGUGGCAGAAAGAAGAAAGGAGGUGGAAAAACUGUUUCUUCCUACUUCAAGGGUCAACUUGAUGACCUUAUGACCACUCUUUACAAGACUGAGCCCCAUUUUAUUCGUUGUGUGGUACCUAAUACCCACAAACAACCGGGAGGAGUCGAACCUGGUCUCAUUAUGCAUCAGUAUCAGUGCAAUGGUGUGCUUGCUGGUAUUGCCAUUUGCAGAAAAGGAUUUCCAAACAAGAUGAUUUAUGCUGAGUUCAAGGCUCGAUACAACAUUCUUGCUGCAAAACUUGUAGCAAAGGCCAAGAAUGACAAGGGUGCUGCUGGAGCAGUACUUGAAGCAAUCCAAUUGGAGAAAGAAAAGUAUCGUCUUGGUCACACAAAGGUGUUUUUUAGAGCUGGUAUUCUUGGCUUCAUGGAGGAAGUUCGUGAAGAUAGGAUUGGUCAAGUUCUAGCUUGGCUCCAGUCUGGUGCAAGAGGUAAAUCUUCCAGAAUGCAGUUUAAGAAACUUCAGGAUCAGAAGCUUGCCCUGUACUGUUGCCAGAGAACUAUCAGAAACUACUAUAUUGGUAAAACCUGGCUGUGGUGGCAGAUGUGGAUGGCAAUCAAACCCAAUCUUAAAUGCACCCAAUUUGGAAAAUACAAGGCUGAAUAUGAAGGAAAAAUUGCACUUGCUGAGGCCAAUAUUGACAAAGCUAUUGCUGAGUGCAACAAAGUUGUUGCUGAACAUGACCGACUCCUUAAUGAGAAGAAUGAGUUAGACCUUGCUCUCAACUCUGGUGGAAACGCUGUUCAGGAUAUAAUUGACAAAACCAACAGGAUUGAAGCUGCAAGAAAUGACCUUCAGAAACAGGUUGAUCAAACUAAUGCGAGAAUUAGAGGAGAGGAAGAAACCAUUGCUGGAAUUCAACAGUCUGGAAUCAAGGUUACUGGAGAAGCCACAAAACUUAGAGAUGAAAUCAAGAAUUUGGAAAACACAAUUGGAAAAUGUGAAGAGGACAAGAUGACUAAAGACAACCAAAUCCGCACCCUUAGAGAUGAAAUUGCUCAUCAGGAGGAUCUAAUUGCCAAACUAUCAAAGGAGAAAAAGUCAACUGGAGAAGGUAGACAAAAGAUUGAAGAGGACAUUCAGUCAAUGGAGGACCGUUGUAACCAUCUCAACAAAGUCAAAGGAAAGUUGGAACAAUCACUUGAUGAAUGUGAGGACACUCUUGAAAGGGAAAAGAAAGCUAAAGGAGAUGUAGAAAAAAUGAAGCGUAAGGUUGAAGGUGACCUGAAGUUAACACAGGAAGCUACAUCAGACCUUGAGCGAAUUAAUGCAGAGCUUGCUCAAACAGUGCAGAGGAAGGAAAAAGAAUCUGCCUCUCUCUAUGCUAAGAUUGAAGAUGAACAAACUCUUGGAGGAAAAUACUCUAAGCAAGUCAAAGAACUUCAAUCCCGAAUUGAUGAACUUGAUGAGGAAAUCAUUGUUGAGCGCAACAAUAGGGCUAAGGCAGAGAAAAACCGUUCUCUUCUGUCUCGUGAUCUAGAGGACAUCGGAACUCGUCUAGCUGAGGCAGGAUCCAACACUUCUACCCAAAUUGAAUUGAACAAAAAGAGGGAGGCCGAACUACACAAAUUAAAGGCAGACCUUGAAGAGGCCAACAUUGCUCAUGAAGGAACUCUUGCUGCUCUACGUCAGAAGCAUAACAAUAGCAUGUCUGAGCUAGGAGAACAGAUUGACUCUAUUAACAAAAACAAAGCCAAAUCCGAGAAGGAUAAGGCAGGUAUGGAAAGGGACUUGCAAGAAGCUAGAACUGGGCUGGAGGAAGCAAUGAGGGAAAGAGCUAAUAUGGAGAAGAAUUGCAAAAUGACACAAAGUCUGAUUGUUGAAUCAAACCAAAAACUUGAUGAACUAGCUCGUGCUCUAAAUGAAGCAGAUUCUACCAAGAAAAAGCUAAUGGUUGAAUCCCAAGAUUUGUCCCGCCAGAUUGAUGAGACUGAAAAUGCCAUUGCUGCCCUUCAGAAAAACAAAAUAUCUCUUACCACCCAACUUGAAGACACAAAGAGAUUGGCUGAUGGUGAGGCUCGUGACAGAGCUGCUCUACUUACAAAAUACAAAAACUUAAGCACUGACGCUGAAAACCUUAGAAUGAAAAUCGAUGAAGAAUCCGAGAAGAAGAAUGAUGUUCUGCGUGCUUUAUCUAAGGCUCAAGCUGAAAUACAGCUAUGGAGGUCCAAGUUUGAAACUGAGGGGCUUGGAAGAAUUGAGGAACUAGAAGGAAGCAAGCAUAAAUUAGCUGCAAGAGUUUCAGAAGCUGAAGAAGCUAUUGAGUCUUUAAACUCAAAAAUUUCUUCAGCUGAGAAAUCUAAGCACAGAAUUGAAUCAGAGCUUGAAGAAAUGGCAAUGGAAUAUGAACGAACUCAUGCUGCCGCUGUUAUAACAGAAAAACGUGGAAGAAACUUUGACAAAGUUGUUGGAGAAUGGAAGGCUAAAGCUGAUGAUAUCCAAGCUGAACUAGAAGCCAGCCAUUCUGAAUGUCGCAACUUUAAUGCUGAAGGAUUCCGCCUCAAAGCUGCCCUUGACGAAUCCAAUGAGCAACUUGAUAUAGUUCGGCGUGAGAACAAAAAUCUUGCUGAUGAAAUUAAAGAUCUACUAGAUCAGCUUGGUGAUGGAGGUAGAUCAAUCCAUGAGCUUGACAAACAGCGUAGACGACUUGAAGUUGAGAAGGAAGAAUUGCAGGCUGCACUUGAAGAAGCUGAAGGUGCACUUGAGUCUGAAGAAAACAAGGUACUGAGGGCUCAAUUGGAACUUGGACAAGUCAGACAAGAAAUUGACCGCAGAAUUGCAGAGAAAGAAGAAGAGUUUAAUAACUCUAGAAAGAAUCAUCAGCGUGCAAUGGAGAGCAUGCAAGCUUCUCUUGAAUCUGAACAGCGAGCUAAGUCUGAAGCUCUCAGAAUCAAGAAGAAACUUGAAGGAGAUAUCAAUGAGCUAGAGAUUGCCCUGGAUCAUUCCAACAAGGCAAACAAUGAAGCUCAAAAGUCUAUCAAGCGUUAUCAGUGCCAAUUGAGAGAAUCUGAAUGUGCUUAUGAGGAAGCAUCAAGAGUAAGACAGGAGAUGUCUGAAAAGGCAAGUCUUGCUGAGAGGAGAGCAAAUGCUCUUCAGGGAGAGAUGGAGGAGGCCAGGUCUCUUUUGGAUUCUGCUGAGAGAGGCAAAAGGCAAACUGAGGCUGAACUUGCAGAAGCACGCAAUGCUGUCAAUGAGAUGACUACAAUCAACAGUAGAGCUUCUGCUGAAAAGAGGCAUAUUGAGGGGAAUUGUCACACCAUGCAAGCUGAGAUUGACGAUAUGCUCCACCAAGCCAAGAACAGUGAAGAAAAGUCAAAGAAGGCAAUGGUUGAUGCUGCACGCCUUGCUGAUGAGCUUCGUGCUGAGCAAGAUCAUGUUAAUACUCAAGCAAAGGCAAAGCGUGCUUUGGAAACUCAAAUGAAUGAGCUUGAACAGAAUCUUGCUGAGGCCAAUGAACAUGCCAUGAGAGGAGGUCGUACAGCAAUGGCCAAGCUUGAAACUCGUGUGAGGGAGCUGGAGAUUGAGCUUGGAAAUGUCCAAGGACGUACUGGAGACAAUGCAAAGGCUCAUCAGAAAGCUGAAAGGAAGAUUAAGGAGCUACAGUUCCAAAAUGAUGAAGAUCAUAAGAAUCAAGAAAGAAUGUCUGACCUAGCUAGCAAGCUGCAAGCCAAGAUCAAGACAUACAAGAAACAGAUUGAAGAGGCUGAAGAGAUUGCAGCUCUUAACCUAGCCAAGUUCCGUAAAUCCCAGCAGGAGCUUGAGGAGACUGAGGAGAGAGUUAGAAUGGCAGAUGGACAGCUCUCCACCAUCAGACAAUCCCGUGGAGGAUCAAUCUUUUAAUUUAAUCUGCCAACUGCUGACUUUGCGUGAAUUGGACUUGUAAUACGGCUUUAUUCUGCAGUCAUUUGUGUAUAUGUUUAAAAUGUAUCCCAACUACCUUAUCCUUUACUCCAAACCUCAGAACAUAAAAAAAAUAAAAGAAAUACCCCUUAUU